GUGUACCUGCCAAAAAGACAGGGGAGUGGCUCAGUUUAAAAUCCAACCCAGGAGUUCUGUGAAAACUUGCCUGUAAAAGAAGCAAGAAACUAAACAGAAUACAUCAGAUUUCAGGCAACAACAUUCACAUACUACACAGGUGAAAAUUACGGACAACUCCCCAGUGGACGCUUAACUGGACUUUCUCUUUUUUUCUCUAUUAAAGAAGCCAACAUCAUUUUUCUCUCUGCAAGGAACAAAGUUAGUAUGGAAUGGACGAUUUAAAACAGCAUAGAAACUAUUCAGGAGGAAGUUUAGGAGACAAAGGCAUACAUGAAACAAUUACAACAACACGACUUGCAUCUCUACCACCACGAGGCUUCACUGUGUCCUCCAGUAAGGGUAUGUCAAGUAACACUGGAGCUUCUAGCCUGGAUAGGAACAUUUUAACCCAAAGCAACAGCGGUUCUUAUUUCUUUUCUUCAUCUGGGGGCGCGAGUGCUGGCGGGUUCGGAUCUGGUUCCACUGAAUUUCUGACAGAGGACACCACUGUGAGCCUAAGCAGGAAGUCAGGUGGUGGUUCUGCUGACUGUUUUGAGAGCGUCUUUGGAUUGGACUCAGGGCUAAGGCUGAGAUCCAGCUCCACUGAUGGCACAAGGAGAACACAAGACUCCUGCAUUGCCCCUCUGUUGGUGGAAAAGAAAACCAUAACCCUUCACUCCAGUCAUUAUGAUGGAAGCUCAAGUGAGAAUUCAUCCCCAGAGACCAAAAGAAAACACUAUGGAUCAAGUAGAGGAAGAACUUCGAGCAGAGAGACAGAAAUCAGGAGAAGACUACAGAGUGCAUCUCCUUCUACAAGAUGGACAGAGCUGGAGGAUGUGAAGAAGCUGUUGAAAGGUUCACGCUCCUGCAGCGUGAGCCCAACAAGAUCUCCCUGCUCCUCUCCUCUGCCCAUUCCUCGCAAAGCCACCAUAGAGACCAAGACCACCACCAAACCAGUUGAGCAAUAUGAUAACGUUGAUCUGGACACUGAUCUGACCUCAAUUACCUGGAACACCUCUACACUGCCGGCUGCAAACUCCACCAGUACUUCAGCCUACAGCUUUCACAGCAACACCAACAACAUGGCAACAGGAGCUACUCUUGCAAGCAGCACAUCUCCAUCAUCUUUAUCAGCUUAUGGAUUUCAUAACAAUUUAGCUCCUGUUAGUGGUGGUCUUUCGAGUGGAGCUAACACACUUCCAGGAUAUGGAGUACAUAACAAAUAUUCAGCAAGUUCAAACAGCACUUCUGCAUUGGGCACAGGUGUCUCCAGUUCAGGAUAUGGAGUGCAGAAAAAUUAUUCAACAAGUUCGAACAGCACCGCUGCAGUAAGCACAGGCGUCUCCACUUCAGGAUAUGGAGUACAGAAAAAUUAUUCAUCAAGUCCAAAGAGCACUGCUGCCUUGGGAACAGGUGUCUCCACUUCAGGAUAUGGAGUACAGAAAAAUUAUUCAGCAGUGAGCAGCACAGGCGUCUCCACUUCAGGAACCGGUACAAGACUCCUUAAUGAGAAUGUGACAAAGAAAUACCUGAUAUCAGAGAAAGAGAACAUUCCUGUAAGGAGAGACUGUGAAGAUCUUAUUUUGACCAAAGACAGCGGCAAGCAGUUUACCAACAGUGCUCACAAUGCCAAAGCAGAGUCAUAUUCAGAUGUUUCAGUGAAGAAGGAAGCUUUGACAACCAGCUAUUCUGAAAGUCCUCUGGUCAAGUCUAGCUCUGGUGCAUACUAUGGGUCUGCAGUGGCAACAAAAGAUAAAGCUACAUAUGCAGAGAUUAAGGAUGAGGAUGAAUGUGGAGGAGGUUGCUGUGGAUGUGGGCCACACUGUUGUUCCUGGUGGAAGUGGCUGCUGGGCUUUUUGCUCGCCCUGCUGCUGCUCCUUGGACUUCUGUUUGGACUCAUUGCUUUGGCUGAGCAGUUGAAGAAACUGAAGACUCGUGUCAACACUCUUGAGGGAAUUGUCUCGAAUCCACACACAGAACGCCUGAUUGCUUCUAUUAAUGAUGUUAACAGCAGUGGUGGAGAGAAAUCUGUGUAUGAUACUUCAUUCUAUUCAGGCAGUCAUUUUAGGGAAAUACUGAGAGCAGAGAUGCAGUCUGAAUCAAUGAAAGGCUACCUUGCGACUUUAGUCAACUCUGAAAGAGGACUGCCAGGGCCCAAAGGUGAAAUUGGACCUCCAGGGCCCAAGGGAGACACAGGUUUCCCAGGACAAUCAGGAUUACCAGGAAGGGAUGGAUCAAAAGGGGAAAAAGGAAAUGCAGGUCAACAUGGUGCAGAAGGAUCACCAGGGUUUAGGGGAAGAGACGGACAACCUGGACCCCGUGGAGAACCAGGGCCACCCGGAACUGGAGAAAAGGGUGAUAGGGGUUUCCCUGGUGCCAUUGGUCCAGCUGGUCCACCUGGGCCAAAAGGUGCUACUGGUUUACAUGGUGAACCAGGCUUUAGAGGUGAACUUGGUCCAAAAGGUGACAGAGGACUUCCCGGAAUUAAAGGUGAUCGUGGUGAUAAAGGAGACAAUGGGUUUCCAGGUAUUCCUGGGAGUCCAGGGAGAUCUGGAUCAGCUGGAGAGAAAGGAGAUAAAGGAUCUUCAGGGCCUCAAGGAGCUACUGGUGAAAAGGGCCAAAGGGGAGAGACUGGGUCAAUUGGAUUACCAGGAAUCAGAGGAGCGGCUGGGCCACCCGGUGAUGCUGGGAUACCAGGAACUCCUGGGAUUCAAGGCCCUCCAGGCAUUCCUGGCAAUCCUGGUCAACCUGGGACUAAAGGUGAGACCGGUGAACCUGGAAGAGUGAUUAAUGCAGCAGGCUCAAGCUCAGUGGCAAUCCCAGGACCACCCGGCAGCCCUGGACCUCCUGGCCCACCUGGAGCUCCAGGACUCUCAGGACCCAUUGGCCCUGCUGGACUUCCUGGUCAGCCUGGUCCUAAAGGUCCUAAGGGAGAUCAGGGAGAUCAAGGAGAACCUGGUAUUGUCGUGAGAACUAGUGAGACUGUGAGUUCAAGGCAUACAGGAAGUGUUUAUAGUGCUCAGAAUGCUGUCACUGGACCAGCUGGUCCUCCUGGUCCACCAGGGCCUCCUGGACCUCCAGGCAAUUCUAUACAAGGACCACCGGGACCACCAGGCUUGCCCGGAUAUGGACAACCAGGCCCAAAAGGAGACAGGGGAGAUUCAGGAACCCUUGUGCCCAAUUCAGGAACAUUUUUUUCAGGACCACCUGGGCCACCUGGACCUCAAGGGCCUAAAGGAGCAACAGGUGCCCAGGGUCCAAGGGGAUACCAAGGGGAACCAGGUCAGCCUGGCCUUCCAGGAAGUUCGGGUAGAGUUAUCACUGAAUACGGUACGGGUCAAGGACCACCCGGUCCCCCAGGAUCACCUGGACUACCCGGACGAGAUGGCCAAAAAGGGGAACCAGGAACGCCGGGUAGAACAAUAUACCAAACAGACUCAAGAGGGUCGUUUGCAGCCGGGCCCCCAGGGCAGCCUGGUCCUCCAGGUCCUCCGGGACCACCCGGUACUCCAGGGCAUUCCAGUGGAUCACAUUCUGCUGCAGAUUAUCGUCAUUACAUUAGGGAGUAUAUGCAGAGUGACAGCAUGAGGCAGCAUUUGUCAAGCAUACAGGGGCCACCGGGACCACCUGGGGCUUCAGCAUCUGUGGAGGACGUGGCAUCUCGAGUUAUUGCCUACCUUCGGCGUAGUGGAACUAGUGGUGUCUCUUUUAGCCAAGGCCCCCAAGGUCCACCUGGUCCUCCAGGCCCAUCAGGAACUAUAUCCGCUGAAUACAUUAUUUCUCUUUUACAGAGAGAUGAUGUAAGGCGUUAUGUAAUGGGCCCUCCAGGACCACCUGGAGCACCUGGCAGUGUUACUAGUACCUUCAACACGCAGGAAGUGGCAAACUAUGUCCUCAGAGUUAUGAAUGACAAGGGGAUGAUAAAUAGACCUGGACCACCAGGCCCUCCCGGCCCUCCAGGCCAACCAGGUUCCACCUACAGUGACAUAGUCACUCUGAUUCAGAAGGCAGGGCUUAGUGGAAGCAUUGGACGUCCAGGUCCUCCAGGGAUACAGGGACCUCCUGGUCCACCCGGUAUCCCGGGAAGCAGCACUUCUGUGGUCUCGGGUUACAAACUGGAGGAAAUCCAGCAAUACCUGCAGAAAUCUGGUUUUAGAGGACCUCCUGGCCCUCCUGGUCCACGAGGACCUCCAGGAGACUCUAUAUCCUCUGUGUCAUAUAGCGGAUCUUCAUAUAGUGGAUCUUCCCAGGCUUUCCAGUCCCAGCGAGACCUAAUCCGUUCUGAGCUAAAGGACUACUUUAACAGUGACACUGUAAGACUCUACGCUUAUGGUCUCCCCGGACCUCCUGGACCUCAAGGAGAAAAAGGUGAACGUGGUGAGCCAGGAUAUAGUCAUCAGACUGUCAGAAGCCAGUACCACUAUGGGACUCAGACCGGUGAACCACUGGACUACUCCAAUGUUGCAGUGAAAGUGACUGACUACAUUAAGAAUCAGGGUCUACUGCAGGAUAUGACUGAGACGUACUGGAGAAGUCAAGUAGGAAGACUCCAAGGAGCUCCUGGGCCUGCUGGUCCUCCUGGUCCGCCCGGGUAUAGCCGCGUGUUUGCAGCCUAUGGAAACAUAACUGCUGACCUUGUGGACUUCUUUAGAAUACAUGGGACUAUUCCAGGGCCACCCGGUAGGCAGGGGCCAAGAGGAGAUAGAGGAUACCCAGGAUCUAAAGGAGAGAAAGGGGAGAUAGGAAGUUCAGGAAUACCUGGCCUGCCAGGACAGAGAGGACCUGAAGGACCAAGAGGAGAGAAGGGUGAAAAAGGGGAGAUUGGAAAUCCAGGAAAACCUGGCCUGCAAGGGCUGAGAGGACCCGAAGGACCAAGAGGAGAAAAGGGUGAAAAAGGUGAUAUCCAGACUGGUAGAUGGAGAAGAGCCACUGGUGUGUAAAGGCUUACAAAGUCACAGCAGAAUGUUGUGCCAUGCAGAUCAUAAAGAAGAUACAUAUUUUUAAGAUGAUACAGUAAAUACAUAAACUUGCCUCUCUUUAUGAAGUAAUGCAGGUCAGAGGCUUGUUUGGGUUCUAUUUUAUCACAAUAUGAAGAGUUUCGUUGCAAAACGAGAUAACUCAGUUUUUUUAAUUUUUCAGAAAUCUCGUUUUUUGGUUGUGCAUUCAAUUAAUAUCAAUUCAACUGCAGUUGGAUUGUUUUGAUUUAAACCUUCAUAACUAGCACCAUAAAACAAAAUAAUAACAUGAUAACAUAAUAAUAAACAUGUUUUAAAAAAAAUUAAAAAAACGGAGUUAUCUCGUUUUGCAACGAAACUCUUCAUAUGCAGUUUUAUAAUCAAACAAAUGCAUGCAAUAUUUAAUCCAAACAUUACACACAUGGGGGCAGUUUCCCGGACAGGGUUUAGAUUAAUCCAGGACUAGGACUUUAAAGUAGUUUUUACAACAAAAAAAAAACAAUAUUAGUGUGCAUCUUUAGACAAAACAAUGGCACUUGAUAUGUUAAGAUACAUCAGUGAUGUUUUUAAAGGGGACAUUUCACAAGACUUUAAGAUGUAAAUAAAUAUUUUUUUAACAAAUAAAUCUUUGGUGUCCCCAGAGUACGUAUGUGAAGUUUUUGCUCAAAUAUCAUAUAGAUAAUUUAUUAUAACGUGUUUAAAUUGCCACUUCGUAGGUGUAAGCAAAAAUGCGCCGUUUUAAAUGCAAAUUUAGGUGUGCAUUAAAUGGCAGUGCCGUGGUUGGAUAGUGAAGAUUAAGGGGUGGUAUUAUCCCCUUUUGACAUCAUAGGGGGAGACAAAUUCCGAUGAGCUAUUUUUCACAUGCUUGCAGAGAAUAGUUUACCAAAACUAAGUUACUGGGUUGAUUUUUUUUUUUUACAUUUUCUAGGUUGAAGGAAGCACUGGGGACCAAAUUAUAGCACUUAAACAUGGAUAAAGUCAUUUUUAUGAUAUGUCCCCUUUAAAUUAAGGCAUUUGAAACAUGCAUUUUAGUCUGGGACUAGGAUAAACCCUGUCCAGGAAACUUUCCUAUUAUCAAUGCUUUGCUAGUGUGGGAUUAAAACAACAGUCUUAAAUUUUUAUCAUAAGUUUGAUGUAAAAAGCACUUGAAAUUUACUUUUUUACCCAGCAGUGGCCUUUAAAAGUGCCUUUAUUUUUUUACUACAGUGGUUUGGCUGUUUUUGUAUUGUAUAAAUCUGCUGAAUGAAUAUAAUGUUUUGUAAAAGAUCAGAAUGUAACAUGGAUGACACCAAUCCAAACAAAAUAAACCCGAGACAGUACAC